AUGCCAACCAAGAUAAACCCUAAAAAAGCUGUUGAGUCUUCUGUUCCAGCUCUGAAUACGUCCCAGCACCAUACAAAAUCGAACGCUUUGCACGACAUCUACUUUCUCGGCAAUCUCCAGCCAUGGCCAGGUUUUCUCGGUGCUGUUCGGCUAUGUCAUGAAAAUUUUGCCUGGCGACAAGAGACUCUGGGUUACAUGCUUCGAGUCCGGGAUCCGUAUACAUAUGGGAAUGUCGAGGUUGGGGAUGAACACGGUGUCCAAGGCCGCUCCCAAAAGUUCCAUGGGGACGUAAUAAACACUAUCUUCGCAUCACAAACCACCACUCAGCGAAACAUCGACCUCCGUUUCGCAGAUUUUAAAUGCGUCCCCUCUACAUACUCUGGCACGCCUGACGUGAUCUUAAAGGACAGCAACCACACCUUGAAGAUCGUUGGGGAGCUUAAGACACCCUGGAUUGACGAGCAUCAGCUUGAACCAAGGUUGACCGACGAACAAACUCUGAGAGAGGUACUGGCCCAGCCUAUCAGGUAUAUGCAGGAUCUGGGCUGCAUGUACGGCUUCCUCAGCACGUACGAAGAGACGAUCUUCUUGCGACAAGUUGUUGACAACAAUGGAGUAUGGAGGAUUGAGUAUUCACCCGUGAUUCUGGCGUCCGCCACUUAUGACAGACUCAUGACCACUCCCCCAGCUGUUUCUGCCUUAUUGCGUUAA